GGAUGAGCAUGGCUGCCACAGCGCCUUGUGCCCUGUGGUGUGAUCCAUUGCGGCGUUCUUCGUCGCAAGCCGCGAUUUCGCGUGUCGCUAGCAGGAAUCUGUUCAGCAGUAGCUCCAGCUUGCGAUUCUAUGGCCGGCUUCGCUGGAGAACCAGCUUUGUGGCCAUGGAUGCGUCCUUCUCUUCGAGCGAAGCGGACGCGGAUGAGAUUCCAGGGCCACCUCCUGUCUUCAACAGGAUUUACGUAAGGGAUCCUCACAAGCGACUGGGUGUCAGCUACGACGCCUCCGAGAUGGAGGUGGAGGAGGCCCGGAGCUUCCUGUUGAGUCAAUACGGCAGACACGAGAGGAGUCGAGAAGCUAUCGAGGACGCACACGAUAGGAUAAUCUUUGAGAGCUUCCGGGUUCGCAAGCGAUCCAAGAUCAACCUCAAGACCAACCUGAAGAAGAAGCUGGACGAGUCUCCGCCAUGGGUGCGCAAGCUCGCCAGCUUCGUGGAGAUUCCAAAGUCGACCAUCAUCCUCCAGCGCGCAGCUUUGUACGCUGCCAUAGGAGUUUGGAGUGUGAUGAAUGCCGCUGAGGGAGGCCCAGCUUUCCAGGUCUUUGUAGCGCUUGGCUGCUGUAUAUAUUUCAUCAAUGACCGCGUCAAGAGCUUGUCAAGAGCAUUCAUUCUCGGGCUUGGUUCUCUCUUCAUUGGAUGGACGCUCGGCUCGCUCGUUAUUCCCUCCUUGUCCGUGUCGGUAAGCUUGCAGCGAGGCAGCCUCGAGCUCUUCACUGCGCUGAGCUCGUACGUUUUUUUGUGGGUGGCGUGCACAUUUUUGAAGUGAUCGAAGAUCAAACUUUUGCAA